AUGGCUAAAAGGAAAAAUAAGCCCUUAAUCGAUUCAGAUUCAAGCAGCGACUGUUCAGAUCUAGAUUCGCAAUUUUUAAACUUAGCAAAGAAGAAAAAGAAACCUGAAGAAAUAGCAGCACAGAAAAUAAACAACAAGACAUCCGACAGUGAAUCGGAGUGGGACGACAACGAAAAGAAAAAUGACAAAUCAUCAUCAUCGGACUCUGAAUCAAACAGCGAUUCCCACAGCGAUACAUCCAAAAAGAAAUCACCUGAAAAUCCAAGCAGAAAAAACUCAUCGGAUCAUUAUGAGGAACACAAAAACACAGAACCAGAAAUCAAAAGGUCGGAGGUCAAACAGAAUGAAAUACGUAAAAGUACAGAUAGCUCGGGAUCCAAAAAGAAGGACACAUAUAGUGAACCUGAGGAAGGUGAAGUUUCAUCACACUCAUCGGACAAUGAUUCCAUAGACUCUGAAGAAGAAUUUGAUGAUGGAUAUGAUGAGAACUUGAUGGGUGAUGAAGCGGACAGAGCUCGUCUGGCGGCUAUGUCUGAGAAGGAGAGGGAACAAGAAAUAUUCAAACGGAUAGAGAGGAGGGAUCUUAUGAAGACCAGAUGGGAGAUCGAACGUAAGCUGCGUCUAGCUAGACGUUCAGCGGCCGAGAGGGAUGUGUCUCCAACUGAGAUACAGAGGAGGAGGGAGGCGCGGAGGAGGAGGAGGGAGAGGAAGGAGAGGAGGGGGGAACGAGAGGCUGUUGUAGAAGAAAAGAGGAAAGAGGAACGUGAAGACGAGAAAGAGAGGGAAAAACCUCCGCCCAGUCCCGGAGAGGUUACGGAUGAUAAUAAAGAUACAGAGAGAGAUCAAGACCGAUCAGCAUCCCCGCUGUUCGGUGCUAAGACUGAGAGGAAGAGGAACGUAGAUGACAGGAGAGUGAACGCUAUGGCCGCGCUACGAGCACAGAGAGACGCGAGACAGAGGAACGUGGAGACGAAACAGAAGAAGAGGGCCUUGGAGAGGAAGGACGAGGACGAUGAAGCGGAUCCGGAAAUAAUAGGUGGCACGAGCAAACAGAGUGUGAAACUGAAGGCUUCGGAUAUAUAUUCUGAUGACUCAGGGUCUGACUCGGAAGAUAAGUCACAGGGAAAAAGAAGUUCAUCAAGUUCGUCAACUUCAGAUAACGAGGAAGAAGAUAAAAAGAGGGAAAGGGAAGAAGUUGAAGUGAAGUACGCUGACACGAGGGAACAGAUUAAUAAACUGAGACUUAGUAGGUUCAAGUUAGAGCGUCUAGUACAUUUACCUUUCUUUUCUCGCGUCGUUUCCGGAUGUUUCGUACGUAUCGGAAUUGGGAAUAAUAACGGAAAUCCGGUGUACAGAGUUGCAGAAAUUAUAGAUGUAUACGAAACAGCGAAAGUAUAUAAUUUAGGAAAUACAAGAACUAAUAAAGGAUUUAAAUUGAGACACGGAACACAAGAUCGAGUAUUCAGACUGGAGUUUGUUAGUAAUCAGGAGUUCACAGAGAAUGAGUUUCAAAAAUGGCAUCGAGCUAUUAAAGAAGCAAAUAAGAAGCCCCCGACCAUGGAGUUUGUGCGGAAUAAGAUACUGGAGGUUAAAGAUGCGCUUAUGUAUGAGUUUAAGGAAGAGGAUAUUGAGAAGAUUGUAGCUGAGAAGGAAAGAUUCAGAUCACACCCAACUAACUACGCUAUGAAGAAAACACAACUUAUGAAGGAGAGGGAUGUGGCUCAACUGAGAGGUGACGAAGAAUUAGUAGUGGAACUAAACUCGAAGCUUCAAGAAUUGGAAGAGCGAGCGAGCGCUCUAGAUAAGACGAGAACCAGUUCCAUACAGAGUAUUAGUUACAUUAACAACAGGAACCGGAAACUGAACGUGGAGACGGCUGAGAGGGCCAUCAUGGAGGAGGUUAAAGCCAUGAAGGGUAAAAAAAUGGACGAUCCUUUCACUAGAAGACACACGAAACCCGUCAUGAACUUUAAGUCACACGGAGGAAAUAGAUCACAGGAAUUAUUAAAGAAUGAACAAGAAGCAGCUGAGCAACAGAAACAGAAAGACGAAGAAGACAGGAUAGAGAAGGAAAAAGAACAAGAAAUAAUGAAUCGUCCAGCCGCCCCCCGGCCCCGCCCGUCCGACGGCAGUCUUUAUUCCUUACACGACUUCGACAUUAAUAUUGAGAUAGACCUGCCCGCGCCCAAGCCGGUAUCAUCUCACUCCAAACAGAUAACAAUCAAAGUAAAGGACGCCGGCCCAAAGAGGUCAUUGAACCUGGACGACUAUAAGAAGAGGCACGGACUUAUAUGA